CCGCCACGUCUCCACUGAGUCGCGGUUACGAGUCAAGAAGAAGAAUAUUAAUAUCUUAUCCCAGAUCGAUGGUCCUCCGUCAAUGCGCCCCUUCUCCUAUAUCCACAUUGUACUGUACAGUCUGCUCUACGGAGUGAUAUUAUUCUCCUGUCGUAAAUUCCAAAGCAGGCUCUCCUGAUUGCUGGUCCGGGCGUGUGAAGCUCGAGCCUCGAGAUCUCUCCGCGUACGCUGCGACCGGACACCUGGCCCAUCAUACCAACACGAACACCAGUACACGGCUCUGUCUGCCCGACCUCAUACAGGCAGGAUGGCGCAGUACUUUUUCGAUCUCCUUUAUACCUUUACGGAUUGCAUGUGUUGCUUUCCGAACUCUCCGCAGCUCAAGAUUAACAAUCGCAGCUUCAAGCUGUUACGGUUACUAGGCGAAGGCGGCUUCUCAUAUGUCUAUCUCGUUCAAGACAAGUCUACGUCAGAAUUGUUCGCCCUCAAGAAGAUCCGGUGUCCCUUCGGUCAGGAAUCCGUGUCGCAAGCUCUGAAGGAAGUCGAAGCCUACAGUCUCUUCACCGGCACUCGAACUAUCAUCCACUCCAUCGACCAUGCCGUGGUGACGGAAUCCGCGUCCAAAUUCCGAGCCGACGGAGGAGACUCUGGCAAGACGGUCUACAUCGUUCUUCCGUACUACCAGCGAGGGAAUCUCCAAGAUGCUAUUAAUGCGAACCUCGUCAACCACACACGGUUUCCGGAGAAGAGGCUCAUGCAGUUGAUGCUCGGAGUUGCGAAAGCUCUCAAGGCCAUGCAUCAGUACCGCGUGAACCGCAACGCACCGACCACCCGCAAAGCCAAGGCAAUCAGAAAAGAAGGGGAGGACGCAGAUGAAGAUACUGCUGUCAAGGCUGGGAAACCUAAGCGACGACCUACUCGUCGCAUGGAAGCAGAACCCGAGGAGGAUGAGGAGGAACCUUUGAUGGACGAUGAAGUGACAAGGAGUCAGGAAGGCGUCCAAGAGGGUGAUUUCCGCCCAUAUGCGCAUCGGGAUAUCAAACCAGGAAACAUCAUGAUCGAUGACGAUGGUCGCACCCCUAUCCUGAUGGACCUCGGAUCUCUGGCACCCAGUCCCAUCGCGAUCACGUCCCGGUCCCUCGCAUUAGCCGUUCAGGAUACUGCUGCGGAGCACAGCACUAUGCCUUACAGAGCUCCAGAACUGUUUGAUGUCAAGACCGGCUCGAUAAUAGAUACAAAGGUGGAUAUUUGGUCGCUGGGCUGCACUUUGUAUGCCUGUCUCGUUGGCAAGAGUCCCUUUGAAGCGCGCAGCGAAGAGACUGGCGGCAGUCUGAGCAUGUGUGUCCUUGGUGGAGAUUGGCGGUUCCCUGAUGAAAAAGCCGGUGCUGCCAAGGGCAAAGGAAAGGCGGGUGUUGCGCAGAAUGGUGCAUCGAACGACAACGAGCCGACUAUUAGCGAGCCUGUGAAGGAAAUCGUCAGGAAGUGUCUGCAGGUUGAACCAGCAGAGCGCCCUGACGUUGACGAGCUCAUCCAGAUGCUCAAGAAUGUCAUCCAGACCCUGCCUGAUGAUGAAGAGAUUGGCAGUUCCUCUCACUGAUAUGCAUCUGUUACUCUUUAUCUGCUUCCUGUUCCUUGCCGGUCGAGGGUUCUCAAGCCUUUUUCCUUUAUUUAUUAUACCGUUUCAUGAUGGCGUUUUGGGUCAUUGGAACUGAUAGCGGACAUCCUUUUACCGUCUCAUUGACGGUGACUUGUACAGUUAGGCGAAUGGAAUGGGUAUCGAGUCCCCAUUAUAUACUGUCAUAUUGGAGUCUCCUCUUUCUUUGCGUGGGGAGUGUAGAAGCAUAUUCCAGACCGCGAUAAGCAAGUAGUCUCAGUAUACCACUAGAAGUUUGUAGCAGGACAAUAAUG